UUGCUUGAGUUGGGAGCAAAUGCUGACGCUCAACCCGGAACCUUUGGCACAGCGUUAUGCACCGCAUGUGAUGGCCCACAGGACGUCGAAAUGGUCAAAUUGAUUCUAGCUUCGGGUCCCAAAGAUACCUUGAAUAAGGCCUGCGGGACUAUCGGAACGCCUUUGCACAUAGCUGCUAGUUCCGGUCACUAUGAUACUGUCGCUGUCUUACUAGGGGCUGGGGCGGACCCCAACGCGCCUGGCGGUUCAUUCGGAGAUGCCCUCCAAGCAGCUUCCGUUUUCGGUCACGAAGAGAUUGUUGAACUUUUGCUGGAGCAUGGGGCUAAAGUCGACCAA